CAAAGUAUCACUUUUACGGCCCGUUUUUCGAACUUUCUUCAAACAAAAACAUCAGCUUUGGCACUGCAAUAUCCGAUCCAUAUCGUAUUUUUAGCAAAUUUUUGACGUAUCUUAAUGUUCAAAUCGGGCCGUCAAUCUGCUUAUUAAUAGAAAAAAAAAACACUUAUUCAGUAGCACAGGUUAUUUCACAAAAGUCAGGUAGGGACCUCUUUUCAAGUAUAAAAAUACCUGUGUCAAGAAACCCCUUUUUCCAUAGAGAUUAACGACAUCGUAAUAUGUAAGUAACACAAAACAUACACAGACAGACAAGCACGAGCGAAAUGCACGAUAAUUGUAUGUCAUCAGUUAGAUGUCAUUCUGAUAUUAGUGUACGUCCGAAUUAACCUGUUAAAAGAACGAGUGCCUUUGUGCAUCCAAGCUACAAAGCCAAAAUCAUGUAGCAUGAUUAUUCAAUGUGUCAGCGCUACGAGCUACAACAUGCUUGUCUCGUGGCUUGGCGUAGCAUGGCUACGGAAUGCUGCGAAGACAUACAAACUCUCACUCAAUGGUGCGUCAACUAGCUUUGCUGUUUUUGCAAAAAGUAUUGGUGUUGAAAUUGGAUGUUGGAUAGAUCUAGCAUAAAUAAAACUAAGGCUUAUAAAGAAAACAAAACAACACUGUACUUAUAAGAGCUCUUGUUUAAGCCAAUCGGCUACAAACCUUCUCAACGUGCAUAUAAAAUGAGACUUACAAAGGACCGAAAAAAGCAGAUUAACUUUAAACUUGUGUACGUAACAGCGCCUCGAUCUAAUUAAGUAUGCGAGUCAAUUGAUGCCAUGCACACAAUACGUCAGGAUACCAAGUAGGCUAAAGAAAGGGCGCCAACUUUAACGCAUGCGCAAACUCAAACGGCGAACAGUUCCACUCACGUUGCUCAGUAUCCGCGAAGGCCGCAAUCUGAACGCACGGGUCUAAAAGAGCCUUUCGUGCUUACCGUGGACGCGAGUGCACGUAAGAUUGGAGCCGUAUUAUCACAAGAGCUUUUCGUGGUGGAAUGAACGCGAGGGCAUAGUUCGUGCGAUGCGCUCAGCGCGUAAUGGGCGCGCUAGGCGUGAUAGUGGCGCUUGCGCUGGUGGAGUCCUGUGCACCACUCUACCACCACCAGUUCGCUGUGCAUGUGCCAGAAGGAGCGCCGGCAGCGCACGAGUUAGCACACCGUCACGGCUUCGUCAAUCACGGACAGAUCGGCAGCCUGAAGCAUUUCUUCCUGCUGUCACACCCACACUUGAGCAAACGCUCGCCCAACGCCAGUAUAGACUACGAGAAUAGACUGAAAAAUGAUCCGCAGGUGAGAUGGGUGAUGCAACAACGGGAGUUGAGGCGGUCGAAGAGAGACCUCCAACCGCGGCACGUCAUGCGGCAGUCCACUCCGUCCUUUCCAGACCCGCUGUUCAAGGAGCAGUGGUAUUUGAAUGGCGGGGCGGCCGACGGUCUGGACAUGAACGUAGGCUACGCGUGGAGGAAGGGAUACACGGGAAAAGGGGUAGUCAUAACCAUUUUAGAUGAUGGCAUUCAGCCCAACCAUCCAGACUUGUCGCAAAACUACGACGGGACCGCAUCGACCGAUAUAAACGGGAACGACACGGACCCGACGCCGCAGGACAAUGGCGACAAUAAACAUGGCACCCGGUGCGCGGGAGAGGUGGCUGCGGUCGCGUACAAUAGGUAUUGCGGCGUCGGUAUUGCGUACAAUGCGAGCAUUGGAGGUGUCAGGAUGUUAGACGGCCUUGUUAAUGACGCAGUGGAGGCCCAAGCGCUAGGCUUCAACCCACACCAUAUAGACAUAUACAGCGCAUCCUGGGGGCCCGAGGACGACGGCAAAACUGUCGACGGACCAGGUCCUUUAGCUAGAAGGGCCUUUAUAAAUGGAGUGACAAACGGCAGGGGAGGAAAGGGGUCGAUCUUUAUAUGGGCGUCGGGCAACGGAGGAAGGCAUACCGACUCUUGUAAUUGCGACGGAUACGCAAAUAGUAUUUUCACGAUAUCAGUAUCUAGUGCAACCCAAGGCGGUUAUAAACCAUGGUAUUUAGAGGAAUGCUCUUCCACUUUGGCAUCAACUUACAGCUCUGGUACUCCGGGGAGGGAUAAAAGUGUUGCCACUGUUGAUAUGGAUGUUCAAUUAAGGCCGGAUCACUUAUGUACAGUAGAUCACACGGGCACGUCUGCCUCUGCCCCUUUAGCUGCGGGAAUAUGUGCAUUAGCGCUAGAAGCAAAUCCUUUACUGUCGUGGCGAGACAUCCAACAUCUAGUAGUUUUAACGUCAAGGUCACAGCCAUUAGAAAAAGAAGAAGGGUGGAUCGUAAAUGGAGUGAAGCGAAAAGUAAGCCACAAGUUUGGCUACGGUUUAAUGGACGCCGCCCAAAUGGUCACAUUAGCCGAACAAUGGACCGGCGUGCCACCUCAACACAUUUGCAAGUCGCAAGAAAUAAACGAGGACAAGUCGAUCGAAACUUCUUCCGGCUACACGAUAUCAAUGCAUAUGGAUGUCAAUGGGUGCAGCGGUACCGUAAAUGAGGUCAGGUUUUUGGAACACGUUCAAUGUAAAAUUUCGCUCAGCUUUUUCCCAAGAGGUAAUUUACGCAUACUGCUUACAUCACCAAUGGGAACGACUUCGACCCUUUUAUUCGAAAGGACGCAUGACGCCACAAGCUCUAAUUUUGACGAUUGGCCGUUUUUAAGUGUCCAUUUCUGGGGCGAGAGCGCCGAAGGACGAUGGACCCUUCAGAUAAUAAACGCUGGAAAUAAUCACGUGACCCAAGCGGGGCUAUUAAAAAAAUGGCAGCUGAUUUUUUACGGCACCGCCACUAACCCUAUUAGACUACGAAAUAAAAGCUACUUUACAUCAAAUAAUAACGCAUACCAGGAUGAGAAGGCUUAUCACGUAAACGACGUUUACGAUGCCUCCGAAUAUUCGCAAUUCCUCAACGAAAUCGAGCUCGGAAUUUCGGACAGACAUGCCAAUCCCAAAAAUAUUCCCUCCGCGCAAAGAAAAAAUGUUUUAGCGGAUGCCAAUGAUAAACAAGUGCAAAGGUUAUGCGAUCCGGAAUGUGAUUCACAGGGCUGUUAUGGCAAGGGUCCCACGCAAUGUGUGGCGUGUAAACAUUACAGGCUGGACAACUCAUGUGUGUCGCGCUGUCCGCCACGGAGUUUUGUGAAUCAAGGCGGCGUGUGCUGGCCCUGCCACGAGUCAUGCGAGACUUGCGCAGGUGCCGGCCAAGAUUCCUGCCUGACGUGCGCUCCAGCUCAUCUCUUGGUCAUCGAUCUAGCUGUUUGUUUACAACAAUGUCCAGAUGGCUACUACGAAGACCCCGAUGCUAACGCCUGUUUCCCGUGCGCAGAGCAUUGUGACACAUGCUCUGAAAAAGCUGACAUGUGUGCCUCUUGCGCUCAUAACUAUGUACUUUAUAAUGGUUCUUGUUUGGCGACUUGUCCUCCGGGCACAUAUCAAAAGGAUGACUUUGGUUGCUUGCCUUGCCACGGGACUUGCGAGUCAUGCAACGGUCCGAGCGAAACGGCGUGUGUCUCAUGCAGGAUCGGCAAUUACGUAUUCAAAGGCCGUUGCGUUGAAAAAUGUCCGACCGGAUAUUACGCAGACGUUCAGAGAAGAGAAUGUAUAGCAUGUCCCAUUGGGUGUUCAAUGUGUUCAAACACAAUAUGUACAGCAUGUAAAGAUAAAUGGAUUUUUACUAAAGGAGGAAAAUGCCUCCCAAGUGGCAACGAGAAAUGUGAUACAAACGAGUACUACGAGGAAGGUCGAUGUAAAAACUGUCAUUCUACUUGUGAGAAAUGUAGCGGUUCGAAUGAGUGGGACUGUUUGUUUUGCUCAAGCCCGCUGUUAUUACAGGGAUCGAGGUGCGUGGCUGAAUGCGGGCAGGGAUAUUUCCAGACGGCCGGACGGUGUUCAAGGUGUCCGCACACGUGCACUGCGUGUGUGUCCCGAUUGAACUGUACGUCUUGUGCGGGUGCUUUGCGCUUACAGUCCGGCACGUGUAGAGCUACUUGUGCUCCUGGGUACUACCCUGACGAAGGAACCUGUUCAAAAUGCUACCUGUCGUGUGAGACAUGUACAGGCCCUCGAAGAGACCAGUGUGCAUCUUGCCCCCCAGAAUGGAGGUUAGCCGCCGGCGAGUGCAGGCCAGAAUGUCCUCAAAACUUCUUUCCAUGGCAAGACAGUUGCCGGCGAUGUCACCAUUACUGUCAAGACUGCCACGGCGCGGGGCCGCAGCGCUGCACGUCUUGCCCGACACACUUCUCCUUGGAGAAUGGCCUAUGUGUGGAGUGCCUUAGUUCCCAAUACUACGAGCCCAGGACUCGGACAUGCCGUCCUUGUCACGACUCCUGCAGGUCUUGUUCCGGGCCUGGGCCUACAAGUUGUGUCACCUGUGCUCACCCAUUGCGUUUAGAUAGGGUAAAUCAUAAAUGCCUGCCAUGUUGUACAGAAACCAUGGUUUCAAAUUUUUUGAGCACCAACGUGUCGACUGAUUGUUGCCAUUGCGACAAAGAUAUAGGAGGCUGUUUAAACGGCUCAUCGGCGGGUAAACGGCGCAUUGCGGAGAACAUUCGCACUCAUAUAACAGCCUCGUUUUUUGUUGACGAUUCGAAGGACCGCUCGAAUAUCUGGGACCAUGAUUUAUUGGCAGUGGGGAGUGUCGGCUCGGCGCUUCUUGUAGUCAUCAUAGUAUUUAUAGUUAUAAGGUUUAACAUAAAGAAGCGGAAGCGGCGCACAGUAUUCCCGCAAGCAGAAUACUCCCAGCUGACAACCCUGGACGAGGACAUGGUCCCUCUGAAGGCGACAGCCCUCACCGUUGCGCCGGAGAAACAAGUGGGCUUACUGGAGGAACCAACAUAGUGAAUACAGAGUCAAUAUAAAUAGGAUAAGCCCUGUUGUGCACAACUUGCCGGAUGAGGCCUUAGCUUAUCUCAAGGGUAUCAAUACGUUUUUCCCUGGUAACGGUGGAACGGCGCACAACUCGCACAAGUAAAGGUAAACAUAUCUUUAAAGUCACCUGUACAAACCAACUCGAAAGAGUUAUUCGACAUUCAAGCUAAAUACAAACAGAAUAAAGUAUAAAACAGAGAUUUAGAUUUUAUGUUGUAUGCUUUAGAGCUGUCUAUAAAAACUUCAAUUGUUAGUUUUUUAAGAGCUAUUUCAAAGAGUCUGUAAAGUUUGCACUUCAAUUUCAACUAUAUUACAUUACGUUGUCUUUCAACUUUUAUAUAAACGAUUAAAGCGCAUGAAUCACAAGGAUAAUUUCAAAUGAGUAAAUAAGUGUUACGUCGGUCCUAGGAUAAAAAUUUAAGGCUAGCAAUCUUGAGGUCCCACGGGAUAUUUUCCUGCCAAUUCCAAUUCACUUUAAUACGCCAGUUACCCUUUUCCGUUUUGUUUUGGCUUCUCUAUUAAAGGUAUAUUCGCGAUUAAAUUAUUAUUACAGCAACUCUUAGCAAUCCACUGCUUCAUAAUUAUUAUAUUAUGCAUCUCAAAAAGGAUCAUCCGGCAUGUUUGUAACAGAGAUUAAACUACAGACUGAUGUGUAAAGGUUUGAAUACUUACAUGAUUAAAAAACAGUGUACAUAGCUUAGGAAUUAUAUGAAAAUGAUAUAAACCACUUUGACAUGGCCAAAGAGUUGUAGUCAAUUUAAAAAAUGUUAGUUAGGUUGUUUAGAGCUGUAUUCAUAUUUUAUUAAAAUAAAAGUUUUAUCAUUAUUAACGAUGCAAAAGUCAAUUUUGCACCGUAGCUAUUUGAUAGGAUAGUGGAAUAUUAAAAGACCUAGACUAAUUCAUUUUUCAAAACAUAUUCUUGAUAUUUGUUCAGGCACCUUUUGACACCUGUCAAUCAAUACAAUUUAAGUCAAAAAGAAACGAAAAACAACAGGGAUUGUUGCACGCUAUCAAAUUAAUCGCUAUCAGGUGAUAAUUAAAUCGAAAUAGGCGCCAGCAUAGACUAUUUCGAGUUGCUUUAUGGAGCUAAAAUCGGUUCAAGUGGCGGUUCUCCUGUUAGAAACAAGUAUAAAAAAAUAGCAUCAUAAUUAUAUUCAAAUAUUAGUUUUCAAGAAUUGCGGUAAUCGAAGCGCUGGUGGCCUAGCGGUAAGAGCGUGCGACUUGCAAUCCGGAGGUCGCGGGUUCAAACCCCGGCUCGUACCAAUGAGUUUUUCGGAACUUAUGUACGAAAUAUCAUUUGAUAUUUACCAGUCGCUUUUCGGUGAAGGAAAACAUCGUGAGGAAACCGGACUAAUCCCAACAAGGCCUAGUUUAUCCUCUGGGUUGGAAGGUCUGAUGGCAGUCGCUUUCGUAAAAACUAGUGCCUACGCCAAAUCUUGGGAUUAGUUGUCAAGCGGACCCCAGGCUCCCAUGAGCCGAGGCAAAUGCCGGGACAACGCGAGGAAGAAGAA